AUGCCUCGAAUCCCGUCUCUCCCGGCUCCUCCAGCCCGCCCCUCGACCCAGACCAAGGGCUCCGACUUUGUCCCGCCGACGCGGCCCAGCAGCACGCCGUUUCCCCACUCCGAACCGCGGCAUGCCAACUACCACUAUCUGUCGGGCGACGAGGACAUGCUGGAUUUCGAGCACGACGCCGGCUUCACGACGACGCCGUACUCGGAACACUUUGAGACGGUGCCCGAGAUGAAGCUGAGCCUGCUCGAUCUGCCCUCCGAGGUGCACGAGAUGAUCCUCGACCACCUCUUUGGCUACCGCGUGUCGACAAAGUCGAAAAGCUCCGUCGACAUGCAGAGCGUCACCAAGAGCUGGAACACGGCGCUGCGACAUUCACGUAGGAGAGAGCUGUCCGAGCUGGCGCUGAUCAAUCACACAUGGAGGAUCCUGAUCCAGCAGAGGCUGUUCCGACACUUGAAGCUCAAGGCGACCAUCGACUCGGUCCACGCCGCCAUGACCUUCUUUGCCGCCCACGAUGAGCUGCGUUACUACGUCAAGCACAUUGAGCUGUGGUUCCCUGUCUUCCAGCCAAAGUACGGCCCGCUCGCGUUGAGUUCCGCCCUGGCUCUACCGACUGUGACGUCCGACGGCCUCACCAACGCGACGUACACGCUACCGGCCAACAACUGCACUCUCGAGGAGGCCCUCCUCUUUGUGGCCGAGACGCUGCCGUUCGUCAUGAUCCUGACGCUCGAGGGCGGGGAGCGGAAGAAGGCGCCCCUGGUGCAGCAUUCCUCCUGGGCUGGCCCCAACGACUGGGCCCUGCCGAUCCUCGAAUCCGUCCGCACGCUCGUCACAAGGGGCCAGUGGAACCUCAUGCGCACCGACGAGGAUUUCAGGUCGAUCCUCUCGUCCCUGCCCAACCUCACUGAGUGGCACGGCUCCUACUCGAAGCCCAAGUCCAAGAGCUAUCUCUCCAUGGCCCGCGUCCUGCCCGACCUGCCCGCCGCCCACCUCAAGAGCCUCCACCUCUGCCUCGAGAGCGACUACCGCCGCGAGGUCACCUACCCGGCCCACCACGUCAAGGUCUGCCGGACCGUCCACUUUUGCACAAAGCUCGCCGAGGCCGUGCCCCAGCUCGAGCACUUUUCCUACACGGGCCGCAUCUGCAAGUCCUUCUUCCGCGUCCUCGCCGAACUGACCGACCCUCGCACGACGCGGCUGAAGAGUAUCGACAUCACCGUCAAGAACUGCUGCCGACCCGUGCCCGUGUUUCACGAGUCGGGCAGCGGCAUCCAGGACACAGGGUUCAUUGACGCGUUCGAGCUGCUUGUUGCCCAGGGUAUUCGGGCGCUGCAGAAGCUUCGGUCUGUGGAUUACCUGCGGAUCCGCUUCGUAGACCUAGGUGCGCUCCCCUUCAUCCUCUUGCGUGCGUUAUUCGAGGUGACGCUCUUGCUGACCUGCGCAGACUCCCUGCUGCCGCCCCUGAACCCCUACUUCCUCCUCCGCGGCGACUCUUGUCUCGGCAUCUGGAGCGGACGCAUCCUCUCCGAGCUCAAGGAUGCCCGGCGCGCGCGUCGAAAGACAGUUCCAUGA